UCUCAUGGCAGCAUCUGGGGCUGUUAUCUCUACUGGGAAACAGAGAAAGCCUUCAGGAUGUGCCAGUGUUCCCAGGACUGCUGUGAUAAUAGGGCUGACAGUGGUUCCUAACAACGGGUAGUGCCACCCCUCUGAUAGGUGCUACCAGCUGAGCUAGUAUAAAAGAGAGAGGGGAUGUGUGCUACCUAUGGGAAGCUGUUGGUGUGCCAGCUUCUGGCUGCUAGGGCAGACAAGCUGUUUGGCAUUGACUGAUUCUCUCUCUGUUAGCUUACAACUCCAGCCUGGGCAGGCAGUCUUCACUGUUCCAGUUCAAGCGUACUUCUGCUGGCAGUGGCUAGUCAUGAGCUUAUCUCACCGAAACAACAGAGCUGGGAGCCACUUCAGAGCCUCGGAGGAGUAUGAACUGGAGGCAGUGGAGAAGAAAGCCUGGGACAACCCUGUUUACAAUGGCUCUCCCUCUGCCUCCUUGAAAAUUCGAGCCAUCUACAACCCCAAGUCCAUCCUGGAGAAUCCCUAUGAAAACUUUGAAGAGGUGGGGGAUCCACUGCCCUACCAGGAAGAGCAGAGUAAAGCUGUGGAUGGCAAUGCAAGUCCUUUCCUCAGGUGCUGCCUGUACAUCUUCAGAGGCAUCCGAGGUCUGUGGGGCACUACACUGACAGAGAACACAGCUGAAAACAGAGAGCUUUAUGUGAAAACCACACUGCGAGAACUGCUGGUCUAUACUGUGUUCUUGAUGGACAUCUGUCUACUGACGUAUGGAAUGACAAGUUCCAAUGCCUAUUACUACACCAAAGUGAUGUCUGAGCUCUUCCUGCAGACCUCUUCGGAUGGCCGUGUUUCCUUCCAGUCUAUUGGCAGCAUGGCCGAUUUCUGGGUGUAUGCACAAGGCCCCCUUCUGGAUAACCUUUACUGGACGAAGUGGUACAACAACGAGUCCCUGGCAGCCCACAGCACCCAGUCAUACAUCUAUUAUGAGAACCUGCUGCUGGGUGUCCCACGCAUGCGGCAAUUGAAGGUGAAGAACAAUUCCUGUGUGGUCCAUGAUGAUUUCAAGGAGGAAAUCUCAGGUUGUUAUGAUGUGUACUCAGAAGACAAGGAGGAAAAGUUCUCCUUUGGGCUCAUAAAUGGAACGGCGUGGAGGUACCAUUCUGAAGAGGAGCUGGGUGGCUCAUCUCACUGGGGAAGACUAACCAGUUACAGUGGGGGAGGAUACUACAUAGACCUCAAGUUGACCAGAGAAGAGACUGCUGAAGCCCUGCAAGUCUUGAAGGAAAAACUGUGGCUAGAUCGGGGGACACGAGUUGUCUUCAUUGAUUUCUCUGUGUAUAAUGCAAAUAUCAACCUGUUCUGUGUUCUGAGGUUAGUGGUUGAGUUUCCAGCCACUGGUGGUGCCAUUCCUUCCUGGCAAAUCCGGACAGUCAAGCUUAUAAGAUAUGUCAGUGCAUGGGACUUUUUCAUUGUUGCCUGUGAAAUUGUUUUCUGUGUCUUCAUCUUCUACUAUGUGGUGGAAGAGAUUUUGGAGCUGCGUAUCCACAAGCUUCAGUAUUUCACCAGCAUCUGGAACAUCCUGGAUGUGGUUGUCAUUCUGCUCUCCAUUGUUGCUAUUGGGUUUCACAUCUUUCGCACUAUUGAGGUGAACAGACUGUUGGGAGAGCUGCUAAAACACCCAAACACCUAUGCGGACUUUGAGUUCCUGGCAUUCUGGCAGACACAGUACAACAAUAUGAAUGCAGUCAACUUAUUCUUUGCCUGGAUCAAGAUAUUCAAGUAUAUUAGCUUUAACAAAACAAUGACCCAGCUCUCCUCCACACUGGCACGUUGUGCCAAAGACAUCCUGGGCUUUGCCAUUAUGUUCUUUAUUGUCUUCUUUGCCUAUGCCCAGCUGGGUUACCUUCUUUUUGGGACACAAGUGGAAAACUUCAGUACCUUUGUUAAAUGCAUUUUCACCCAGUUUCGGAUCAUUCUUGGUGAUUUUGACUACAAUUCCAUUGACAAUGCCAACAGGGUCCUUGGACCUAUUUACUUCGUCACCUAUGUAUUCUUUGUUUUCUUUGUGCUCCUGAACAUGUUUCUGGCCAUCAUCAAUGACACCUACUCAGAAGUCAAAGAGGAGCUUUCGAGCCAGAAGGAUGAGCUGCAGCUCUCAGACAUUUUGAAGCAGAGCUACAACUGGACACUUAUGAGGUUGAAGCUGAAGAAGGAACAGAUUUCCGAUGUGCAGAAAGCACUGCAGAAUGGAACGAAAGAACUAGACUUUGAAGACUUCAAGAACAGCUUGAAGGAACUGGGCCAUGCAGACCAUGAGAUUACAGCAGCCUUCUCCAGGUUCGACAAAGAUGGCAACCUCAUCCUUGAUGAAGAGGAGCAGCAGCAGAUGAAGCAUGACCUAGAGGCAAAGAGGGUUGCUCUGAAUACAGAGAUUAAAAAUUUGGGGAAAUCCUAUGGUGACAACAACCUGGAUGAGAAUCUGACCUGCAUGGAAGCAAGGAAUAACCACGUCAAUAAGGCCAGCUGGGUCUCCAAGCAAGAGUUCCAAGUACUCCUGCAUCGCGUGCUACGGCUAGAACAGUCCCUAAACAGCAUUGGCUCCAAGAUUGAUGCAGUGGUGAGCAAGCUCGAAGUUCUGGAGAGAAACAAGCUGAUGAGAAAGGACCUGUUGGGCAAACCACUGGAUAAAGUUACCAAGGAGGAAGAACCCAGUCAGAAAGAUCUGCUCCCCCAGAGCCUAGACCAACUAGGGAAAGAAGCAGUGGAAGGCUGGGGGAUGGAACACAUACGGGGAAACGACCUGAGUGGCAAGUCCUACCAAAAAGGUGUCUAUCCCAUCCUGCCCAGUUCAAGUGUGCUGGAGUCUCAGGUGCCCAAGAACAGCCAGCCACAGUCAGCUGUGCUCUUCUAGCAAAAAGGCCAGUGCUCUCAGUCUGGCUCACACAGUAGUAAGUCACUUUCAGUUGUUUCCCACUGUUAGAAUAAUCCAGACAGCUGGACACAGCACUGUUGCCAGGAACUGGUGAUCCAAAAAAUCAGGGAUGUUCUUUUUUUCAGUGUAAUGGUGUAUAAUGCCACAGAGAUAGAACUGCUGCCUUUCUCCACCCCCUGUAUCUCUGGAGUAGGUGGAAAUUUGGAACCAAGUGAUGUAUUAAAUUUUUGCCUCUGAAUAGGCCAACACAAAGCCUUUAUCUAUCCUUUCCUGAAAAGUAGAAACCCCAAAACUCUCAACAUCUGUGUCCAGAGUAGCACCCUGCAACUUGUUCCCAAAACACCCACAAUUGUCUGCAGGACAAAAACGUGGUUAUCACAUAAACAAAGCAGAAUAUAAUCGUUAGUGUGAGAUGGAAGGGGAAAGUUCAGUUGUUUGUGUC